AUGAGCAAGUUGGGCAAGUUCUUUAAACGGGGGGGCUCUGCUAAGAGCCGCGCGGCCCCCACUCCCCAGGAGGCCCUGGCCCGACUUCGGGAGACGGAGGAGAUGCUGGGCAAGAAGCAGGAGUACCUGGAAAACCGCAUCCACAGAGAGCUCAGCCUGGCCAAGAAGCACGGCACGCACAACAAGCGAGCUGCGUUGCAGGCACUAAAGAGAAAGAAGAGGUUUGAGAAGCAGCUCACGCAGAUCGACGGCACCCUGUCCACCAUCGAGUUCCAGCGGGAGGCCCUGGAGAACUCGCACACCAACGCCGAGGUGCUCAGGAACAUGGGCCUGGCGGCCCGGGCCAUGAGGGCGGUCCACGAGAACAUGGACCUGAACAAAAUAGAUGAUUUGAUGCAAGAAAUCACAGAGCAACAGGAUGUCGCCCAAGAAAUCUCAGAAGCCUUUUCUCAGCGGGUUGGAUUUGGCGAUGACUUUGAUGAGGAUGAGCUGAUGGCAGAGCUGGAAGAGCUGGAGCAGGAAGAAUUAAAUAAGAAGAUGACAGAUGUCCGACUUCCAAGUGUGCCUCCCUCCUCCCUCCCGGCACAGCCAGACAGGCCAUCAGGUAGAGUGCCGGGCACCUCGUCCACGGUGCAGAGGACCCGAGCAGCAUCUUCCAGGAGGGCUGAAGAAGACGACGACAUCAAACAGUUGGCAGCUUGGGCGACUUAAAUUAAAACAAAACUUUCUUCACACCUAAAUCAAUGAGCUGUACAUAGGACAUAAAAAAAUAUUUUUGCCAAGUUCAGAAGUUAACAGAGACCCUGUUUUAUAUUUAUACUGGAUGAGUAAUUGUCUUUUCAGCCUCCUAAGUAAAAGUUAAGGAAAGGAGUCACGUCAGACAGAAGCAGGGGGGGAAAGGGGCUUCCAGGUGGCAUCUAGGGAGACCCCCCUGCAUGACAGGGGGGCCUCUGCCUUGCUCCCCACUUAACCCCAGUCCUGAGACAUAGCCAGUGCUCCCUCUGUAUUUGUUAACAGGAAACAGAAGUUUGUUCAUGUAUAAAGCAUAUAACCGUUUAUAAGCCAUUGAAGAGCGAUGCGUCUACCAUAGCUGGGGAGAGUGACUUUCUGUUCUGUGCAAAUGCACAUGUGUGUGUCCAUGUCACCAACGGUUGGGCCCACGGGAGAUGGAAAUGCACCGUC